CAGUAAUUUUGAUGGAACAUUCAUUAACGAAAUGUUGUCAGAUGAAGCUUGGACCAUUCUAUUCAAGAGGUAGAGUUGAAGAAUACGAAAAAAAAAGAAACAAAACUUGAUAUGUUCCCUUGACCUAAAUCGAACUUUAUAUAUGUUCAGUAUUGGGACGGAAAAGUUUACUGAAUUGUUAUUGAGCAAAGUGAUUUUGUGCCGCAUAUCAUCUGGUGCUUACUAUCAAAUGGCCGGUAAAGCGAUUGAUGAGAAAGUAUUUGUGCAGUUGUAUUCAUUACCUUUUAUUCUUCAAUCUUCAGGGCCAUUGCUUUCUGACGAACGGAGACAUAGUACGGCAAAAAAAACUAAAUUGAAUGCGUCACUGCAUAGAAACGAUUAUUUUCCUACGUAUAUGAGUGAACUAAAGUGCAACAACAAAUUUUCGAACUAUCUCAACAAUAUUUUCCAACAGCCCAUGAAAAGAAGUGGAACGAUGAAAAGCGAGGAACUUGACAAAAAGCCAAAGUCAACCAAUUCCCAGCCCAUGCACGAGCCGCUUCAGAUUGAGCGAAUAAAUAUGUACCAUGCUGCAAACCGUAUCUCAUCGAUUACUGGAAAAGCUAUCAUGAAGCUACCCAAAGACCGUAAGCUAAGGAUGUUAUUUAUUCGUUGAAGCCUACGACCUGUAAAUCUUAUUUUACUACCACUUUUUGUUAGACAUUCUACGAAAAAAUGUUAGAGAGGCAAAAAAAGAACGCUAUAUAUCACAUUGCCUGUCAGUUAUAUUUCCAAGAGAGUUUCAGACGGUAUCAAGAAGG